UGAGGAGCUCAGGCGCUGCAGGUUCCCGACUGGGGCGCGAGCUUCAGUUGGCUCUAAGCCUGUAGACCUGGGAGGACCUGGGAAAGGGGCGUGCACAAUUGUGGGUUGUCAGUGCGCCGGCGCAGCAGAUCCCCCAGCAAAGGGAUCCCGCCGCUGUAGUAUGUCAACACGCAGGCGGAGAAACUUCCUUACCUAAAGGCGCGCGCUUGGUGGGACUUCAGCGCGCAGGCGUCUCGCUGGGGGCGUAGCCAGAGAGGCGAAGAGCGGAUAUCCGGUUCCGGGAGCAACGAACGGCCGCGGCGGCGACAGCUACCGAUUCGGGGAAAGCUGCUACGGAGGAGGAAGAGUAGGGCAAGGCGGGAGGGGUAGGCGGGAACCUCGCCAUGGGUCCGCGGGCCUAGAGCGGCGGAGGCUACCGGCCCGGCGCCAAACUGGCUGCUGCCCCUUCCUGUGAUUCCUAUGGCUGAGGACUGGCUGGACUGCCCAGCCCUGGGCCCCGGCUGGAAGCGCCGUGAGGUCUUUCGCAAAUCAGGGGCUACCUGUGGACGAUCAGACACCUACUACCAGAGCCCCACAGGAGAUCGGAUCCGAAGCAAAGUUGAGUUGACCCGAUACCUGGGGCCUGCGUGUGACCUUACCCUCUUUGACUUCAAACAAGGAGUCCUGUGCUAUCCAGCCCCCAAGGCCCAUGCCUUGGCUGUCCCUAGCAAGAAGCGAAAGAAGCCUUCGAGGCCAACGAAGACCCGGAAACAUCAGGUCGGACCCCAGAGAGAUGAGGCCAGGAAGGAGGCUCCGAGGGAUGAGGCCAAGGCUGAUGCUGACACAGUCCCAGCCUCAUUUCCUGCGCCUGGGUGCUGUGAGAACUGUGGAGUCAGCUUCUCAGGGGAUGGUACCCGGAGGCAGCGACUCAAGACAUUAUGCAAGGACUGCCGAGCACAGAGAAUUGCCUUCAACCGGGAGCAGAGGAUGUUUAAGCGUGUGGGCUGCGGGGAGUGUACAGCCUGCCAGGUGACCGAGGACUGCGGGGCCUGCUCCACCUGCCUCCUGCAGCUGCCCCAUGAUGUGGCCUCGGGGCUAUUCUGCAAGUGUGAGCGAAGACGCUGCCUCCGGAUUGUGGAGAGAAGCCGAGGGUGCGGAGUGUGCCGGGGCUGUCAGACCCGAGAAGACUGUGGCCGUUGCCAUAUCUGCCUCCGUCCACCCCGCCCAGGUCUCAGGCGCCAGUGGAAAUGUGUCCAGCGGCGCUGCCUGCGGCACCUUGCCCGCCGUCUCUGUCGCCACCAUCAACGAUGCCAACGACGCCCUCCCCUGUCUGUGGCUCCCCCCGCUGGCAAACAUGGCCGCCGCAAGGGAGGCUGUGACCCCAAGAUGGCUAAUCCACGGCGACCCCGAGCCCAGCUGUUGCCUCCACCACCCCCAGCACAGCCCCAAGAACCCACAGAGCUGCACCCCAGAGCCCUGGCCCCCUCACCACCUGCCGAGUUCAUCUAUUACUGUGUAGACGAGGAUGAGCUACAGCCUUACACAAAUCGGAGGCAGAAUCGCAAAUGUGGGACCUGCACAGCUUGCCUGCGGCGGACAGACUGUGGCCAGUGCGACUUCUGCUGUGACAAGCCCAAAUUUGGGGGCAGUAAUCAGAAGCGCCAGAAGUGUCGUUGGCGUCAAUGCCUACAGUUUGCCAUGAAGCGGCUGCUGCCCAGUGCUGGGGCAGGGUCUGAGGAUGGGGCAGAGUCACCCCCACCCUUCCCUCGGCGCAAGAGGUCCAGCCCUGCCUGCCGGCCCCAUCUGGGCCCCACCCUGAAGUCUUCUUUGGCCAAGUCCACUGCUCGACCAUGCCGUGCCCGGGCUCCAAUGAAGAAGGAAGCAGGUGGUGGCUUCGUGUUGCCCCCACCCGGCACUGACCUUGUGUUCUUACGGGAGGGUGCAGGCAGUCCUGUGCCAGUGCCUCGCCCUGCCCCCGCUUCCACGGAAGACCGACUGCAGGAAGCCCGGCAGCCUGGCCUUAGUUGGGUUGUGACCUCACCCCAGGUGAAGCAAGAGAAGGCAGAUAUCCAAGAAGACUGGACACCAGGCACAGCCAUCCUGACUCCUCCUGAAUUGCUGCCUGGCUGCCCCAGCAAGAGAAUAGACCCAGUCCUGCCACCUGUGAAGCAGGAGCCACCUGAUCUGGAGGAAGACAAAGAGGAAGAGAACAGGAAUGAUUCUCCCUCUGACUCAGCCCCAGAGGAGGAGGCAGGAGGGGUCGGCACACCAGUGAUCACGGAGAUAUUCAGCCUGGGUGGAACCCGCUUCCGGGAUACAGCAGUCUGGUUGCCAAGGUCCAUGGACCUUAAAAAACCUGGAGCUAGAAAGCAGUAGACUGGAGGCUUCUGCAGACUGUAGGAUUCAAGGUGAUAUUUACAGAUUUUAUGAGAGACAAAACUGAUCUACUCAGGGGCUGUACCAUAGAUUGAUCGCCAGGGCCUAUGUAGGAAUCAAUAGGAACUGAAAAAAUUGCCACCUGACUAGAGGACUGGGCCUGUUCAGUACUUUGAGCUAAUAGUGGAAGUAUGUGAGAAAGGAAAAGAAAGUCAAUGUAGAAAGUCGGUGCAUCUGUCUCUCCCCAGGAAUCUGAGUGGGAUGAACAGUGUGGAUGUCAGGGAUGGAGGAGCCUGGGGUGUGGGAGAGGAAUAGGAUUAAAAUGCCCCACAGAACAAACAAAUCAUCUUCACAGAUGAUUUUAAGUGACUUCUGGAUAAGACCUGGCAGUGUCUCUUAAACAUUUCCUCAAGGAGACAGCAAUUGAAUAUAUCAUGUGAAUAAAUGAGGACAGGGAAGGAACUGCUAUCUGGUGAGUUCCUCCUGUGAACCCAAUAUAUUUAAUUCUCAGAACAGUCUUUAGAAAGAUACUGAUUUUCUCCAAUUUUUCACGAGAAAACUGAGACUCAGAGUGAUUAAAUAAGUUGUCCAGUGUCAAACAACUGGUAUUAGUAGAGUCUAUAAUCAAAUCCAGGCUGUAAAAACCUUGUUCUUUAAGCCACUAAACUGUAAACUGUAUUCCUGUGUGCAAAAAUGUGCAAUAAUAUCACAGUAACAAAUUUUCAGUGGUCUUGAAAAUGCAAGGUGGAUUAAUAGAAAUAGAAUUCCUUGCAGUCCUCCUUUAAUGGUUUAGGGAAUGCGAAGGCUGUAUGAGUCACCUUGUCAGAACACCUGCAGGUCAUUCCCUGUUCAUCCAGACACUGGGUCCUUCCCAGGUCAUGAGUGCUGCAUAGGAUUCUCAAACUAAAGGGCAUCCCUCUGCACUGACUGCUGUCCAUGUUGCUUGUCACCCUCACUCCCCCUCUUCAGUCAAAGUAGUCUUCAGAAUUGAAGCUGCCAGCCUGGCUCAUCUGUCUUGACAACUUGAGUUCCCUACCCCUUGAUGAGCUUUGUGCUUGGUUUCUGCUUUCAUCCCAUAUGUCUGCUAGGAGGCUGAGUUCCUGCCUUGGGUCCUGCCCAAGAGCUAGUCUUGCCUCUACUGUGCCUCAUGCUCUCCAAUUCUUCAUUCAUAAAAUACCAAAAAGAUUAGACCCGUAAUCUGUUACUUAGCCAGCUUUACAGGGCCAGGACCAAGUGAGUGCCUCCUCAAAUUAGGUACCCUGGGCACCUCCUCUACCUUAAGUAGUCCCAGCCCUGUAGCUUUAGAUAAAUCACGUGUGGAUUGACCAAUUUCUUAUUCUAACUCACACAAUACAGCCCUCUGCCACCCAUACUAGUUCAGCCUGAGUCUAGAUUCUGGAUAAUUUGAUAAUGCUUUGCCCCUCCCCCCCAUCUGACCAUCCAACUCUAGUAUUCUAGUAAUUUUGACAGUGAUGUCAAAGUACAUCACGUUGUUAUUUGACUAGCAUUCUGACCCAUGAAUUAAAGAGUCUGGUCACCAUGUGUAGCAGUCAGGGUACAAUCAGAAAGGCAGAACCACUAAGAGAUUAUAUAUUUAUGUAUUUUAAGAGAUUUAUUGUAGAGAUUUGACCUUAUGCAAUGAUGGGAGCUGGUUAAACAGUCUCUGAAAGGCUGUUGUCUUUGCGUCUAAUGAUGGAGCUUGAAGUCUGCAGGGCAGGCAGUCGGGAAGGGAAGAUGGAUGUAAAGUGUGGGAGAGCAAGGACAUACUGGAGCCCACGAGCACGAACUGGAACCCACAAGGAUGGUCUCCUGGAACCCAUGUCUGUCUCUCACCACCUCCAACUUCGAU